CUUUGCAUAUCGGACUUAUCCUUAUCCUUAGCUUUAGAUAACUUGCUAUACUAUCAUCAUUGUAUGUUUGAUGGUAUGGAUUCAGGGUAUCGGAACAUAUAUCUAUAAUCAUUAUUUUCCUCCGCAGACCCGGGCGUACAGACAGAGGCAACCCAGGUGGAUGAUGUCAAGGCGGCCGAGGAUCUCCCUGCUACGCCAGCACCUCCUGUGCACACGCAACCCCCCUUGCGCCUCAGCCAACAGGAGCGGGAUGCCCUGGCCAAGCAAGGAGUCCUCAUGGUGGAAGACGCAGACGGGGAGCCUAUCGAGGACCAGGCUCAGAAGCAGCAGCAACGAUAUCUUCAGCAGGAGCACAGCCAACCAAGGCAGAGCGCGCCUGCUGACGAGGCACAAGGACGGGAAAUGGACAAGCUGAUAUUAGAGCAGCAACAACAGCUGUACAGAGAAAAAAAUCGUUUACAGGAGCACCAUAUGCUAGAACAGCAGAUUCUUCAAGAUCGUAUUCGAGCCGAAGAAAUGAAGGCCCAACAGGAGGAGGAACAGAGAAUAAUGGAGGAGGCGGCCCACUUGAAUCCCCCGCCGGUACAGUCGCGCACUUCCAGUGUAUCUGUGGUGUCGCGCACGUAUAAGGUGAACCGCGGAAUGACAGCCGCAAGCAACGGCGGCUCGGGCCGAGGGGUUAUCCUUCCUCGAAUGACAUAUGAAGGACUUUGGAAGAUGGGCGAAAACAUCUUACGUCACACCAUCAGAAGGGAGUUUCUGAACAGCGUCCCAGACACUGAUUUCACACCCGGGGAGGCGGUUCCCCCUUUGCAAGUGCGCAGGGUCAUCAUCCUCUCAACCUGGCGCAGCGGCUCUUCCUUCCUUGGGGACCUCCUGAAGUCAUACCCUGGAACAUAUUUUAGCUUCGAACCUCUGCACCAUCUGCUCAAGAAUCUUCACUUACAGGAAGGCCCUUUGGUCGACGUGGUCUUAAAUCUACUGAGAAGUAUUAUGACAUGUGACCUCUCUCAGCAAGAGGAGUAUGUCAGCUACAUGCGGAAUAAUAGUUUCCUGAUAGACCACAAUACACGUGUCUGGAAUUCCUGUUCGAGAAACAGAGCGCUCUGCUUUGACAAAGAAUACCUGUCUGCCGUGUGCAAGUACAUGCCUGUCAAUGUGAUGAAGACCGUCCGGAUGGGUUUGGCCCCCGUGGUCUCUCUUCUUCAGGACCCAAGCCUUGACCUUCGAGUAGUCCACCUUGUUCGUGACCCUCGUGGCUCCCUGCAUUCCAGAAUGCAGCUGACUUGGUGCCAUUCUCAAGCAUGCAGUGACCCAGGCACUGUUUGUGGUGACCUCAUGACCGAUCUGAAACUCUCGGAGUGGGUCAAAGAAAAAUUUCCGGACAAAUAUUUACUGGUCCGAUAUGAAGACCUGGGCCUGCAGCCAGAGGAAACGGCAAGACGGAUCUUCAAAUUCCUGCAGUUAACGUAUCACAAAAGCGUCGCCUCCUUCGUGCGAGAUCACACGUCGAUCAACAGGAAGACCAAGAAGAAACCGGGGACUUACUCGACUUAUAGAGAUUCCAGAUCCACCACCUUCGCCUGGCGGGGAGCUCUCAAUUACACGACCUUAGAAGAUAUUCAGAAUGUCUGCCGAGAGCCCUUGAGUUAUCUCAAAUUGAGGGUAUUUGAUACGGAAGAAGAUUAUCUGAAUGCGACAAUUCCAGUCCUAGUAGAGUAGCUACUUAUUGUUCCUUAUCAGAUUUCUGUGAACGGCUAUUUUUUUCGUGUAUUUAUAUUUACUGAUAUGCUUGUUAUACAGAAGGCUACUGAGUGAUAAUUGCUUUACCAACACAUGUGAACUGAUUCAUCGGCAAACAGUUGCUAUUCAAAACCUUGAUAUUGCGUUGAUAGCGGCCAUAUUACUAUUUCCAUAUCACACUACACUCCCUUCUUCUGUUAUAUGAAUACAGCACCUUAAUUGAUAGGCAGUUCUCGUGGGAAAUCCCAGUAGAAAUAGUGAUGAGAUGUACUCUUUUUUUUUUUUAUAAAUACCUAAUUCUAUUGUACAUGCUGGCAGCAAAACAAAGUUGACGUUGUUG